ACCCAAAACCUCUGAUUUGCAUCUCUUCGUAAGCGCCACGCUUCGAUUCCGGCACUGUUCUUCCGGCCUCCUCCCUUCUCCGCCUCCGUCCUCGCGAUCACUGUCGAGCUCUCAUUCAGUUGAAAAGCAAGCGAGCAAUCUGAGAAAAUUAAUCAAUUACAUGACUGUGCUCUAGACAGUAUUGGGAGUUGGAGACAGUAUCAAUGGCUUACAGGCGCAGCCUUUGCACAAGAGCAAAUCUUAUAGCCCGGCAGUGUCAUCCAUCGAUUAGUAUUUUUGGUCAUACUAAUGACCGUAAAAAUGAACAUUUGGAUGGAGAUUCAAUUUCCCAUGAAAAAAUCAAUAGUUUCCUGCAGAGCAGAUCAUUUGGAACCAGCUUUAACAAGUCAUCCAGGUCUAAUUUUUUUUCUCAUGAUAGAAAAUAUCCAAACACUUUCCUCUCGUCAAGCGCUGGUUCCUUUUUCUGCCGCUACAUGUCAAGUACUAUUGGCGAAGGGUCUGAAAAAAUUGAAUUCAUGAGUGAUGUUGCAGAAGUUCUUACAGAUACAACAGUUCAAUCAGCUGUAUCUCAGGCUUCUGUUGCUGAUGAAGUAGCCGUUGCUGCUGCUGAUUCUUUUCUCUCUGUCAAGGGUGUGCAGUACUUUAUAGAUGGUAUUCAUUCUUUUACUGGAUUAAACUGGUGGGCUUGCAUUGUAUUAACAACCCUGCUGAUCCGUAGUGCAACAGUCCCACUUUUGAUAAAUCAACUCAAAUCUACUGCAAAGCUUACUUUGUUAAGGCCUCACUUGGAAGAAGUUAAGACGGAGAUGCAAGAAAAGGGUAUGGAUCCCAGGGCUGUUGCUGAGGGUCAACAAAAAAUGAAAAAACUUUUUAAUGAGUUUGGUGUGAGCCCAUUUACUCCAUUGAAGGGACUUUUUAUUCAGGGUCCUGUCUUCAUCAGUUUUUUCCUUGGGGUCUCAAACAUGGCAGAGAAAAUGCCUUCUUUUAAAAAUGGUGGAGCAUACUGGUUUGUUGAUCUCACGACUCCAGAUACUAUGUACAUUUUUCCAGUUUUAACUGCGCUGACAUUCUGGAUCACCGUGGAGUACAACAUGCAAGAAGGUAUGGAAGGUAAUCCUAUAGCUUCCACAAUGAAAAAUGUGAUGAGGGGUCUUGCUAUAGCUACGGUUCCCUUGACCAUGAAUUUUCCUAAGGCAAUAUUCUGUUACUGGGUUACGUCUAACGUGUUCUCACUCGUAUACGGGAUUGUUCUCAAAGUCCCCGGGGUUAAGAAGGCAUUGGGUGUUCCAGAAAUACCUGUAGCAAAUACCAAUACCACUCCACAACCUGCCUUCUCGUUUCUUUCAGCUAUGAAACAAGCAACAGCAGCACCUGAACCUACUGCCACUACAUUAACAGCUGAACUGUCACCGUCGCAAGACCGGAAAAUCUCAUCAUCGUCGGUCAUCAGUCAGAGGCUUAGAAGUUUGGAAAAAGAAGUGAAGGGAAGGAAAAAGAUGAAGAACAAGAAAAAGUGAGGCUUAUACUUUAGUUUCAGGUAUUGGUGUAUUAUUACAUUCAUUUAACUUUCUGUAGUUUUGAUAUAUAACCAGUUGCUUUGAUAAUUUUGAUACCCCAGGAAGAGAUAGAGAUAUUAUUAGAAAAGAAAAUAAAUUGUUGCUUGUAAGAAAUUCUACAAGUUGAAUCUGAAUUUUGGAUUUUUGAUAAGAAUACUUUGUAAAACAGAGCUGAGAUAUUAGAAAAGUGUUGGAUGAUCUGUGUU